GGCUGCGCCACAGCUUCUCCAGCUCAAGACAAGCUUCCUCGCAACUCCACGCCAAUUGCAUGCAGAUACGCUGCCUUGUAUCUAGUCAUUUGGUCUAGGGAGCUUUGCUGCUCUCCAGGCCGUCAUAUUGCUCAGACCUCUGUCACAUUUGGAGCCGUUUCCUCGACUCCCCGAAUCUAGCCAUGCGGAUAAGACUGCCUUUUGCAGGUGUUUUCCUGCUUCUUCUGCUCCUGGCGGGCUAUGCUGGUCUAUCGACUAUACAGCUCGGCGCUUAUGUCAACGACAAGGUCCUUCACUUCGUAACGUUCUUCCUACUGACGGUCGUAUUCUACUGGGUCGUUGAUACCAAUCGUCGGCGAAUCCUACACAUGACCCUGGUGGUCUGCACUCUCAUACUUGGUGUCGGAUCCGAGUUCGUACAGAGUUUCCUCCCCAACGAUCGAGAUUUCGACAUCUACGAUAUAGUAGCAAACAUCGCCGGUAGUUUACUUGGACUUGGCAUCUGCGCGUGGUAUCACAAGCGAAUGCUUGAAAGAAAACGACAGCGCAAACACUAUGACGCUGUCCCGGGUGAGGACACUGAAGAUGUAGAACUGGGGCAAGGUCAGGAGUCUGGAAUCACGGACGCUUCAAGUCGAAGCAGGACUCUUGAAGAAGAAGUCGAUAACUGGGAUGAAAACGCUGAAGACAACUGGGAUGAUGACAACGCAUCGAUUCCCGAAACGCCAUCGCCUGCAAUCGCCAAAGAAGCAGAGGCAGCCGGUGCUCGGGAAGCUAAGAAACGAACAGAUUAACAUGGUUUGGCUUAGUAUCUGGAGUUUGGGUCGAUCUGGGGGGUUCAUAUGUAUACACAAGUACGAUGACGGGAUAGGGCUGUUGGCGUUUCGUGUCGAAAAUAUGUCAUCCAGACGCAACAGUAUGAAAUGGGGAGGGUAGACGAUGUAUAUGUGCUCAUGCCCUUUAGCUAUAUGUCUCUCUAAGCAUGGUGGAUAAAACGCCAUUCAGCUGCAUAUUUUUAGCAAGAAUAAGAUAAAAGUUUGCCUACCAUCG